GAUAACAUUUGGAAAGCCUAGAAGAGCUGUCCGAUUCAAUUCCCCAUUUAACAAUUUAUCAGUUGUUGCAGUUGAGGGAUACUAAGUAACUUUCCAAUAUUUAUGCUAUUCAAGACCUAGUUCUAAAAUGAGCUGAAUAGAUUUAAUGACUCACAUUCACUGUAACAACCCCUCAUUGAUUUAAUUGUUUUAUUCCUUCAGAGACUCUUGACUCUUCUUCAAAGUGCCAGCGAAAACUCAAAUCCAACCUACAAAAAAGGUUCUACUGUGUGUUUGAGGGGAUUGCUAAAGCAGGAAACUCAACAAUUCUGAAUCAGAUGUACAUACAACUCUACAUCAGAAAGGGAGGGACUACAGAGGUCAAUGCUGAACAUGAGGCCAGACAAAUUGAAACAGCAUCUUGGAAACCAGACAGACCAGAAACAACAAUCAGACAAGAAGACAUCUUUAAAACCUCAACUGGAAGGGAUGAACCAAUCAGGACAGUGAUGACAACGGGAGUGGCUGGCAUUGGGAAAACAGUCUUAACACAGAAGUUCACUCUGGACUGGGCUGAAGACAAAGCCAAUCAGGACAUCCAGUUCACAUUUCCAUUCACUUUCAAAGAGCUGAAUGUGCUGAAAGAGAAAAAGUACAGCUUGGUGGAACUUGUUCAUCACUUCUUUAGUAUUGCAAAAGAAGCAGGAAUCUGCAGGCUUGACGAGUUCCAGGUUUUGUUCAUCUUUGACGGUUUGGAUGAGUGUAGACUUCCUCUGGACUUCCACAACACUGAGAUCCUGACUGAUGCUACAGAGUCCACCUCAGUGGGUGUGCUGCUGACAAACCUCAUCAGGGGGAAACUGCUUCCUUCUGCUCGCCUCUGGAUAACCACACGACCUGCAGCAGCCAAUCAGAUCCCUCCUGAGUAUGUUGACAUAGUGACCGAGGUCAGAGGGUUUGCUGACCCACAGAAGGAGGAGUACUUCAGGAAGAGAUUCAGAGAUGAGGAGCAGGCCAGCAGAAUUAUCUCCCACGUCAAGACAUCACGAAGCCUCCACAUCAUGUGUCACAUCCCAGUCUUCUGCUGGAUCACUGCUACAGUUCUGGAGGACGUGUUGAAGACCAGAGAGGGAGGAGAGCUGCCCAAGACCCUGACUGAGAUGUACAUCCACUUCCUGGUGGUUCAGUCCAAACUGAAGAACGUCAAGUACGAUGGAGGAGCUGAGAUGGAUCAACACUGGAGUCCAGAGAGCAGGAAGAUGAUUGAGUCUCUGGGAAAACUGGCUUUUGAGCAGCUGCAGAAAGGCAACCUGAUCUUCUAUGAAUCAGACCUGGCAGAGUGUGGCAUUGAUAUCAGAGCAGCCUCAGUAUACUCAGGAGUCUUCACACAGAUCUUUAAAGAGGAGAGAGGACUGUACCAGGACAAGGUGUUCUGCUUUGUCCAUCUGAGUGUUCAGGAGUUUCUGGCAGCUCUUCAUGUCCAUCUGACAUUCACCAACUCUGGUGUCAAUCUGCUGCCAAAAGCGAAAUGGUGGUCUAAUCCAUUUAAAGACAGAUUUACACCGACACAUCUCUACCAGAGUGCCGUGGACAAGGCCUUACAGAGUCCAAAUGGACACCUGGACUUGUUCCUCCGCUUCCUCCUGGGUCUUUCACUGGAGACCAAUCAGACUCUCCUACGAGGUCUGAUGACACAAAAAGGAAGUACCUCACAGACAAAUCAGGAAACAGUCCAAUACAUCAAGAAGAAGAUCAAUGAGAAACUGUCUCCAGAGAGAAGCAUUAAUCUGUUUCACUGUCUGAAUGAACUGAAUGAUCAUUCUCUGGUGGAGGAGAUCCAACAGUACCUCAGAUCAGGAAGUCUCUCCCCAUAUAAACUGUCUCCUGCUCAGUGGUCAGCUCUGGUCUUCAUCUUACUGUCAUCAGAAAAAGAUUUGGACGUGUUUGACCUGAAUCAAUACUCUGCUUCAGAGGAGGCUCUUCUGAGGCUGCUACCUGUGGUCAAAGCCUCCAACAAAGCUCUGUUAACUAGCUGUAACAUAUCAGAGAGAAGCUGUGAAGCUCUGUCCUCAGUUCUCAGCUCCCAGUCAUCUAGCCUGAGAGAGCUGGACCUGAGUAACAAUGACCUGCAGGAUUCAGGAGUGAAGCUGCUGUCUGCUGGACUGGAGAAUCAACUCUGUACACUUGAAACUCUCAGGCUGACUGGCUGUAAACUGUCAGACGGGAGCUGUGAAGCUCUGUCCUCAGUUCUCAGCUCCCAGUCCACUAGUCUGAGAGAGUUAGACCUGAGUAACAACGACCUGCACGAUUCAGGAGUGAAGCUGUUGUCUGCUGGCCUUCAGAGUCCAUACUGUAUAUUGGAAAAUCUCAGGUUGAGUGGCUGUAACCUGUCAGAGAGAAGCUGUGAAGCUCUGUCCUCAGUUCUCAGCUCCCAGUCCUCUAGUCUGAGAGAGCUGGACCUGAGUAACAAUGCCCUGCAGGAUUCAGGAGGGAAACUGAUGUCUGCUGGACUUGAGAGUGCACACUGUACACUGGAAUCUCUCAGUCUGUCAGGCUGUUUGAUCACAGGGGAAUGCUGUGCUUCUCUGGCCUCAGCUCUGAGCUCCAACCCCUCCCAUCUGAGAGGGCUGGACCUGAGCUACAAUCAUCCAGGAGAGACUGCCAUGAAGCUGCUGUCUGCUAGACUGGAGGAUCCACACUGGAGACUGGACACUCUCAGGGUGGAUCAUUGUGGAGAGCAAAGGUUAAAACCUGGCCUGAAGAAGUAUUUCUGUGAACUCACAGUGGACACAAACACAGUGAACAGAAACCUGUCUGUAAACAACAGGAAGGUGACAUAUGUGGAGGAGGAGCAGCCAUAUCCAGUUCACCAAGAAAGGUUUGACUUUUGGAAACAGCUGCUGUGUAGAGACGAUCUGACUGGUCGCUGUUACUGGGAGGUCGAGUGGAGAGGUAGAGUUCGCGUAGCAGUGAGUUACAGAAGAGUCACCAAGAGAGGACCCAGUGUUGACUGUAUGUUUGGAGUAAAUAAUCGGUCCUGGAGUCUGAAUUGCUCUGAUGAUGGUUACUCUGUCUGUCACAAUAACAGAGAAAAAGUCCUUCCUUCCUCCUCUUCUGUCUCUGUUUCUAACAGAGUAGCAGUGUAUGUGGACUGUCCCGCUGGCACUCUGUCCUUCUACACAGUCUCCUCUGACCAACUGAUCCACCUCCACACCUUCAACACCACAUUCACUGAACCUCUUUAUCCAGGGUUUGGGUUCAUGUUGAAGUCAUAUGGUUCCUCAGUGUCUCUUUGUUCUCCGUAGGAGGUAGACAACUACCAGUCCUGUGGUUUAAAUGUUGGUGGUGGACAUAGAAAAAGGUUGUUGUCGAACUCAAAAACUUGCGAAAAUCUUUUAAACUGACCUGUAUUUAGAUCAUUUACUUAAGUAAAAGUACUAAUACCACAGUGUUAAAAUAAUCUAUUACAAUUAAAAGUCCUGCAUUGAAAUUGUAACUUAAGUAUAACUAUGUAAGGAAUCAUGAAAAUGCACUU